AUGGAGGCCGCAGAUAUUGACAAGAGUGGGACUAUAGACUAUGGUGAAUUCAUUGCUGCAACAAUCCAUCUGAACAAAUUAGAGCGUGAGGAACAUCUUCUCUCAGCCUUCAGCUACUUUGCGGUUACAUCACAAUCGACGAGCUACAGCAAGCGUGUCCUGAACAGGGGAUGA